CUCGACAGAAUUAACUUGAGUAUAAAUAAUUAGCUUGAUUUGGUAAAAGAUGGCGACUUCAACUUGUCUAUUAAUGACUAUCAUAAAACGGCAAUUUAUUAUUAUUGUUGUUUUUAUAUUAAAAUAAAAAAUAAAAAAUAAGGCAUUCAAUUUUAUUGAUGACGUAACCUUGCCGGGAAGUAGUUUUCUGCUUUCGAAAGAUUGAAAUUACUGGUCGCUAUGAAGAUUCGCAACCAGUAAGCACCUCAACAGGAAGAGAAAAUUGUAUCAUUUUCAUUUUGCAUGAGGCCUUGAAAGAAGAAGAAGAAGAAAAUCCAAAUCCAAAAUGAAGACUUCUCUGAGAAGAUUACGAGGCUUUUCAUUUCACCACGGGAAUGUUAACUCCAAGGACCGACGAGAUCUUCGGCCUCAAGCUCAGUUGGACGAGUUCGAUCAGGCUUAUCAGGACAUGCAUGAAAUGAUAGACUGCUAUGAUAGCUUACUUUCGGCAGCUGCAGCAACGGCAAAUAGCGCUUAUGAAUUCUCGAAGUCUUUGCAGGAAAUGGGUGCCUGUCUUGAGAAAACUGCUUUAAAUGAUAAUGAAGAAAGUAGUAAGGUUUUGCUAAUGCUGGGAAAAGUGCAGUUUGAACUCCAGAAACUUGUUGAUAACUAUCGCUCGCAUAUCUUCCAGACAAUUGCAAUCCCAUCAGAUUCUCUUCUUAAUGAACUUCGAACUGUUGAGGAGAUGAAGCGGCAAUGUGAUGAAAAAAGAAAUGCAUAUGAUUACAUGGUGACAAGGCAGAGAGAGAAAGGGAGAUCAAAAAGUGGGAAAGGAGAAACUUUUUCUAUGCAGCAGUUGCAAACAGCUCAUGAUGAAUAUGAUGAGGAGGAAACCUUGUUUGUUUUUCGUAUGAAAUCCCUGAAGCAAGGACAAUCCCGGAGUCUUCUUACACAGGCUGCUAGACACCAUGCUGCUCAGAUGUGUUUCUUCAAGAAGGCUCUUAUGUCUCUUGAGGCAAUAGAGCCACAUGUAAAGAUGGUUACGGAGAAACAGCACAUUCAUUACCAUUUCAGUGGACUUGAAGAUGAAGAUGGUGAUGACGACGGUGAUGACGAUGAUGAUGACAGCUCUGACACACAUGGUGAUGGGGAAUUAGGUUUUGACUGUGGACAUAAUGACCAGGAAAAUGCUUCUACUUUGCAGAAGUCAAUGGAGUUGGAUAAGGCAGGCAUUACAUUUCCCCAAGUUGCUUCUGUGGAGACUGCAAAGGAAAAUCUGGAUAGAGGCUGUAGCAGAUCUAUCUCCUUUAAUAGGGAUGUCAGGCUAGGAAGCCAGUCUGUGCCAAUUUUUGCUGAACUCAAAUCUGACCCUAUUGAAAAGAUUAAGCAGAUGCAACCAUCAUCUUCACGGAAGUUCAACACAUAUGUACUGCCAACACCAGUAGCUACAAAGGUUUCAAAUUCUCUAGGACCAUGUAGUCCAGUUCCUCACCCAAUGAAGUCAAGAUUGAGUGGACAUACUCAUAAUUUGUGGCAUUCAUCCCCCUUGGACCAAACAAAAUUUGAUAAAAGUUUGGAUGAUGAGAAAUUUUCCAAAUCUUCUGCACAGUUUGUCCUCCGAGAGAACAGUGAUAUUACUACAUCAACUCAAAUGCCUCCUCCUUUGGCAGAUGGGAUUAUAUUUUCGCAUCCCCCAGGUGCUUCUGAUUAUAAAAUAAUCAAAAGACAAUCCUUUUCUGGUCCAAUUACAGGUAUACCGUCUGCUACAAAACCUGUCUCAAAGGAACAUCCACAAUUGUUAUCUGGACCAAUUUUAAGAAUUGCAAUAGCUCAACCACCAACCUCAUCUCUGAAAAUAUCUCCAAGUGCUUCCCCUACUUUUAUGUCUUCACCCAAGAUAAGUGAGCUUCAUGAACUUCCAAGACCCCCUGCCAGUUCUUUUUCCGAGUCUUCAAAACCUAUAGGCUUGAUUGGUCAUUCUGCUCCAUUGAUGUCCAAAAUUCAAAUGCCUUGUGCUACCAAUAGAUCACCAGUAUUGAAUGCAGCAUCCCAAUCGCCAACACCUCCUCAGGCAAUCACUCGUAGUUUUUCCAUACCCACAAGGGGUCAUCGAAAGACUGACUUAGAUGUUUCCAAGCCACAGAAUUUAGGGAUGGCAUCUCCUCCUCUAUCACCAAUAACUUUAACUAACAAGAAGUCAUCAUCAACUGGUUCCAGAACUGUUGCUCAGGUUGUUGAAAUUACAGAAACAGGCGCCGAGUAAUUCUUUUGUUCAGUAGGAAUUUCCUGACUUGACAGAAAUUUCUCUGGAGGAGGUGAGAUUGUUUCAUAUAAUUUCAUAUAGGCUAAAACGUGUAUAUAUCUCCUUGUCUAUUCAUCUGUUUUGAUCUCUACCUUGGCAUCCUUCCAUUAUUCAAGGAGGAAUUUCGUAUCUUCACAUAGGAAUUAAUAGCUAAAUGCCCCUUUUACUCCCACCAUUACCCUUUAAAUAUUUCUAACUCUGUUUAGCAGCGUGUUGCAAGAUGAUAUGCGGGACAUUGAGAAAAUUUUAUUGACACAUUUUUCUCAAUUUAUAAUUAUUAAUUGUAUAAUGUUCAGUUUUUUUUUAAAAAAAAUUAUCUUGUGACAUCACGUUGGGCCAAUAGAUAAUCUUGAGUUAUUAGUUAUUUACCAUAAACUGUUGAUGCAGAGAACAAUAAUUUCUUAUCCAACCUGUUUCUAAUGUGUCUCUACGGCUAUCACAGAAUAUUGCUGGAAGUGGUUAACCAGAAAAUCAGCAAAAAGUUUUGGCUGAUGUUG